AGAUUUAACAGCUUAGAGCAGUGUGGCGUUCAGCGUGUGCGCGUCUUAGCAAAUAAAAGAAUAAUAUUGUAAAAUAAAUUUAACUUAAUUCUACUGUUUCAGGAACUGAAAUUAGUGUUUAUUUGUAUAUUGUAUUUAUUUUCUAUUGCGAGUAUUUAAGUACAUAGCUGGAUAUAUUAACACCUAUCGGUCUUAUUUUACACAAGCCCCGAUUUAGGUGCAAUUUUAUUCGUCAUUGAAGGGUUUUUAAAGUUAAAACGUCCUCUGAUAUUUUUUUCCAGUCGAAGGAUUUUAACAAAAGGUUCAGCACAUUGAGGGACACGCAGCAAGGACAAAGACAGCGCCGUAUCAAGGAGAGUGGAAGCUAGAAAGGAAGCUUAAAAUACCAACAAAAAACGUUUUCCAACGGAUUGAAAAAUGAAACAAGGCGUGACUAAGACUGAGAUGAGCCAGUUUAACAUUUCCCCAGACGAGGACAGUAGCUGCAGUUCCAACAGCAAUGAGUACGGUUAUCCUGAUUGUCCCGUUAAAAAGGUCCCAAUAAGCAGUCAAUAUCAAGAUAUGGACCCUGAGAGUCAAAAUUUCCUCCCUGAUCACCACCUGGGGAAGAAGAAAUACGAAACUGAAUAUCAUGCCGGCACCACGUCCUUUGGCAUGUCAGUGUUCAACCUCGGCAAUGCCAUCAUGGGGAGUGGCAUCCUUGGCCUAUCCUAUGCCAUGGCCAACACUGGAAUUGCACUGUUUGUGAUACUUCUGGUUGCUGUGUCAAUCUUCUCUCUUUAUUCUGUGCACCUUCUUCUGAAAACUGCAAAUGAAGGAGGAUCAUUAGUUUAUGAACAGCUUGGAUACAAGGCCUUUGGAAUGCCUGGCAAAUUGGCUGCUUCCUGCUCAAUUACAAUGCAGAACAUCGGAGCAAUGUCAAGCUACCUCUACAUUGUGAAAUACGAGCUGCCAAUUGUGAUCCAAGCAUUUUUGGGAAUAAAGGAGAACACUGGGGAGUGGUAUAUCAAUGGAGACUACCUUGUGCUACUCGUAUCCGUGGUGAUUAUACUGCCCUUGUCACUGACUAGAAACCUAGGAUAUCUUGGUUACACCAGUGGAUUUUCCCUGCUAUGUAUGGUCUUUUUUGUGAUUGUUGUAAUUUACAAGAAGUUCCAAAUCCCUUGCCCUCUACCACUGGAACACGAUGCAGUAAACAUGACUUUGAACCACACUUUGAGUCAUUUAUCAGAAGAAAUCCACAGGAGAGCAGAGAAUGCAACUGUUUAUCAGGAAGAUGCCUGCACACCAAAGUAUUUUGUCUUCAACUCCCAGACUGUAUAUGCUGUGCCAAUCCUGACUUUCGCCUUUGUGUGUCACCCUGCUAUACUGCCAAUCUAUGAAGAGCUGAAAGACCGUUCUCGGAAGAGGAUGCAGAAUGUGUCCAAUGUUUCCUUCUUCUCCAUGUUUGUUAUGUACCUACUGGCUGCUCUGUUUGGAUACCUGACCUUCAGUGAUAAUGUGGAACCUGAACUGCUUCACACCUACUCUAAGGUGUACAAGUUUGACGUAGUCCUGCUUGUUGUGCGUCUGGCAGUGCUGACAGCUGUGACUCUGACUGUACCCGUGGUUCUCUUUCCUAUUCGCACUUCCGUCAACCAGCUCCUGUGUGCAUCCAAGGAAUUCAGCUGGAUUCGUCACACCAUUAUAACUUUUCUUCUCCUGAGUGGGACUAAUGCACUGGUGAUUUUUGUGCCUACAAUCAGGGACAUCUUUGGGUUCAUUGGUGCCUCUGCUGCUGCGAUGCUGAUCUUUAUUCUUCCUUCUGCAUUUUACAUCAAGCUGGUGAAGAAGGAGUCAAUGAAGUCAGUUCAGAAGAUUGGGGCCACAAUCUUCUUAAUCAGCGGAUUCUUUGUUAUGCUUGGAAGUAUGACAUUGAUCAUCCUGGACUGGAUUCACAAUAGUGUAGGUCAGGCUGACGGCCAUUAAAUGCAGAGUGACACCUUGUCACCACAGAGGUGCAGCUCCUGCACACCGACUCCAAAAACAUCUUGCUUAGCUGAGAAAUGGAUUUCUGCCAGAAAACAGAUCUGAUUGUAAAGACUGGAUCACAAAAAGUAUUUUUGCUCGACAUCAACCAAUGAGCAGUGAUUUAUAUACCAUUCCAAGAGAAUGUAUUGAACUUUGUACAGUACGCUAUUAGGCCACAUGGAUGGCACUUAAAACUGUUCCUGUUACAAAUGUUGUUUUUUAAAAGUUAAUGGUACAGUACAGACUUUGAUUGUGCCUCAACAGGGACAUAGAAGUAAUCUAGUACAACGCAGCUAAGACGUUCAAGUUCAGGUACUAAAAGUGACAUUUGCAUGUGUUCUAUGUACCAUGUGUCAACACUAAUGCAGCUUUCACUUUGAAGCCUGGCCAAUAUGUACCAUUUCUCACUUGGACUCUUGUAAGGGAGCUACUGGUCUUCAAAGGGGGAUAUGAAAGCAUAAAACUACAGUAGUACUUAGGCUUUAAUGAAAGUCUUCUCUUUUUUAAUUUGCCAAAAUAAUUUGAAUUAAUGUGUUGCUGUGUGUAUUUAUAAACACUUAAACAUUCACUGGAGUACUCUUAAACUCAUCUCUAUUACCUGAUACGAACUGUAGGACAUUUUAACAGUGUUCAUUCCAAGGUCACUUGGAAUAUUUAAAACCUAUGCUAUAAACCCAAGUACUGAAUGAUGAAACUGUAAGAUAGUUAUUAUGCUUAAAGGAACAGCUGUUACAACCAUUCUGUAGUUCCUCUUAGGCAUGUUCCAUUUUGCAUACAACUGCUGGUGAUAUGUGGACUACAGCUUUAAAACAGGAAGUAUUAGCUGGUUUAACCUGUUUUGUGUAAUAGGAGUUACAAUAAAUCAACAUAAAUAUUUAUGGUUUAAGGUGCCAUCAAAGUACCUUAAUUUAUAACUCCAAAGCUACCUACCUUCUUGAUUUGUAAAAUGCUUUACAUGCAACACUACGUAUAAACUGUUUUAACGGAGCAAAGAAUGCUACAUGGCAUGGCUUCCAGACUUACUGUACAUAAACAGCACUAAAAUGGAGAUGGUUGUAAGAUAUAGCUGCUUGCCCCUAAUAUACAGUAGUCUGCAGCAGAGGUCUUCUGAGUGACCAUUGAUUUGUCUUUUUUACAACCUCAUCAAAAAAUGUGACGUUUUUUGACUGUUGGCAGCUUUGCUUUGAAAACAGGCUUUUAUUGACUGUGUAAUGUAUGUGGCUUACUGGAUUUGGGAUCACCCCUAAAUGAGUACCUUUUGUGUUUCUGUUACAUCUGCUGUCACAUUGUCACCUCACUGUAAGAGAUGUCUCGCUGUGCUUCCAACGCACAUUUCACAAAUUGUGAACAAUAUUGUCCUGCGAUAUUUAUGGAACAACAUGAAAUCAAUGUAAUUUAAACUAUUUUACUAUAUUUAUAUUAAUGUAUAUAUGUACAUAUUGGUUGAACUGUAUAUAGGCCUUGUUUUUUUAUCUUUUUGCAAGUUGUUAAAUAUUGUAGAGCUGUGGAAGGCUGGUAAUUUCAAUUUGCAUUACCUGCCUGUUGAGUUCUCCCUCCAGUGGACCAGCUAGCUUUAAUUUUCUUUAGCAGUAGUAAGAUGUGUUCCUCAAACCACUACUAUACUUGUAAUUCUGCAAAUCUAAUAUUUUAAGUAGAAAAUACCAAAACUAAAAUAUAGGUAAUUACUAAGAGUUUUUGAUGUAUUUUGUUUCACUGUGGUGCUGCCUAUCUAGGCACUAUACAGAGCACACACACAACAGUAUUAUUUCUGUGUCAAGUUUGUCAAAUGGCUCUAUACAAGGUCCAUAUAAACAAUGAGCCUUUGAAUUUUAUGAUACUGGUGAACGCUGUUUAAAACUGAAAUUAAAAUAUAAUCAACAUUUUUUAGACCUAACUACAUUCAAUAGACUUACUGCAGGUGACCUAUGUGAGUGAAGUCUUGAUUUGUUAGUUCGCAAUGGUUUGUGUACACUUUAGAAUUACUGUAUAUGUUGGUCCUGCAUACAUGUUUUUGUGCUAAAUCAUGUAUGCUAAUUUCAGUACUGUUGGAGAGAGAGGUAUCUGAAAGAGUUAUCCAGGCAAAGAGAGAGCAUUACUGUCAGUGCUACACUCUUGUUUCAAUGAAACUUUAUGUAUAUCCUGUAAUUAUAAAGAAAUAAAAUUAUUGAUAAUCCCUAA